AUGGUGCUCAACGAUCUUGGGAGUAAGUUAGCGAACGCUUUGAGCUCGUUGAGUAAGCACACCGUCAUAGAUGAGGAGAUUAUGGAAGAUGUCUUGAAGGAAAUUACAAAAGCUUUACUGUCCGCAGACGUAAACGUCCAGUACGUCGUUCAGAUGAAGAAAAAUAUCGUGAAAGCUGUAGAUAUCGAUGAUCUCGCCGGCGGCAUCAACGCGAAGAAGAUGUUGGAAAAAGCUGUGUUCAACGAGCUGUGUAAUAUGCUUGACGGGGGCGACGCAAAAUCGGAAGUGAAGGCAAAGUUUGUUCCCAAGAAAGGAAAACCAAACGUCGUGAUGUUCGUGGGUUUACAAGGUUGCGGUAAGACAACAACGUGCACAAAGUAUGCGAGUUAUUACGCUCGGAAAGGAUUUAAGCCAGCAUUAGUUUGCGCAGAUACGUUUCGUGCGGGUGCUUUUGAUCAGUUGAAGCAGAAUGCGACAAAAGCUAAAAUUCCUUUUUAUGGCUCGUAUACCGAGUCAGACCCAGCAAAAAUAGCAGCCGAAGGCGUGCAAAGAUUCAAGGAAGAAAAGUUUGAUUUAAUCAUAGUAGAUACGUCAGGUAGACAUAAGCAGUCCGAGGCUCUUUUUGAAGAGAUGCGAGCUGUAGACGAGGCCGUAAAUCCAACAAUGACUAUAUACACGAUGGAUUCCUCCAUGGGUCAAAUGGCGAAAGAUCAGGCGGAGGCUUUCAAAUCCGCAGUCGAUGUUGGUGCGGUGAUCAUGACGAAGACGGAUGGCCAUUCGAAAGGCGGGGGUGCAAUCGCGGCAGUAGCGGCCACUAAAUCUCCUAUUAUUUUUGUUGGUACUGGCGAACAUCUUGAGGACAUCGAAGCGUUUGAUACACAACCUUUUGUUUCGCGCUUACUUGGACUUGGUGAUUGGCAAGGUUUAAUGGAAAAGUUAUCUGACGUGGUCCCCGAAGACCAAGGGCAGAAAUUAGUCGACGGCAUUACCUCUGGGCAGUUCACGAUGCGUUUGUUGUACGAGCAGUUUCAAAAUAUAACGAAGAUGGGACCAAUGUCUCAAGUCAUGUCGAUGAUUCCCGGAAUGGCAGAUGCGCUACCGCAAGGUUCUGAGAGAGCUGGCCAGGCUAAAAUUAAACGAAUGUUGUGUUUGAUGGAUUCUAUGUCAGAUACGGAGCUAGACACCUGCAAUAUGAAAAUAUUAACGGACAAGAAGCGCAUGAUUCGUAUUGCUCGAGGCGCUGGGAAAACUCCACAGGCAUACAUAGAGUUGCUAGAAGAAUUUAAGCGGUUGGCUAAAAUGAUGAAGGGGAUGAAGGGGAUGAAAAUGCCAAAAGAAGGUUCACGGGGUCGAGGAGGAGGACAUGGACAACAGCAAGCUAUGCAGCAGCAGAUGUCACAAAUGAUGUCAGCGUUACCCCCGCAAAUGCGCAACAUGUUCGGUGGCGAAAAAGGGUUGAUGAGUAUGAUGCAGCAGAUGGAGAAGGAUCCUUCUAUGAUGAAUAAGAUGAUGGGUAUGAUGGGCAACAAAAGAUGA